UUCUCACCGGACAGUUUUAUGCAACGGACUAUCAACAAAAAAUAUGGCGUCUUCACUAAACCCAUGAUCAUAACUCCACUCGACGUUAUAAAUGGGAGGUGAAAUAUUUGGUCGUUGUUAAAGAAGAUCACCAGAGCUGCAGUGAAGUCAUGGUGCUGAAGAUCUUCUUCCCUCAGUGCUGUAACCGGGCUGACAGCGGCCUGCUGGUCGGUCGCUGGCUCUCCGGCCAUGACUCUGCCGUGGUGCUGGCGGUCAUCCACUACCCAUUCAUCCCGGGACAGGUCAAACAGUACAUCCAGCAGAUCCAGGCCCGCAGUGGGGCGGUGGAGCUGUCGGUGCUGGGCUCAUGGAGUCUCCCCAAAGAGGGGCAGGAGGGCAUGGAGAGCUUCCUCAGAGACCUCAGCACCAUCUUCCCCCAGAAGCGCUGGCUCCAGAUCAACCGCGAGCUGGGGAAGACCGGCUUCAACUGCCAGGUCCUCAGCCGGGAUCAGAGUAAGACUCACACACUGAGACUCUCAU